CCACUAAAACAUCCUCAAAUCCAUUAUAAACUCAUUCCUAAACCUAGGAAUUCAAGAAACAUGAUGAUAAUGGGGGAUGUCUGGCCUCAACUAGGCUCUUCAAUCGCAACAUUCAUGCUCAUCUGGUCCUUGUACCGAAACUACUUCCCGCCUCAACUUAAAAUCUAUAUCUUCACCUAUGCUCAGAAAGUUUACUGCUUUUUCUACCCAUACAUCCACAUAACUUUCCAUGAGUUCGAAGGGGAUGGCUCGUUCGCCAGCCUCUUCGACAGGAACAAAGUGUUCGUGGCGAUAGAGAGGUACCUGGGCAACAAUUCCUCCGAGAAUGCUAAGCGCCUGGUGGCGAAAGGCGUGAAGGAUAGCAGCCAGCCGGUGAUUCUCAGCAUGGACGACCACGAGGAGGUGGUGGAAGAGUACAAAGGGAUUAAGGUGUGGUGGAGCUCCAACCAAAACCCACCCAGGGGACAGACAAUCUCGUACUUUCCUAGGGAGGACGAGAAGAGGUAUUUCCAGCUCAAGUUUCAUAGGAAGAAUCGAGACAUCAUUACACGGUCUUACCUGAAACAUGUUUUGGACGAGGGAGAAGCCAUGGCUGUGAGGGAAAGGAAGCGGAAGCUUUACACCAACAACAAGAGUGAUCACUGGCAUGGGUGGAGGAGUACCAAAUGGAGCCAUGUUAUCUUCAAGCAUCCUUCCACUUUUAAAACCCUGGCUAUGGAACCAACCCGGAAGCAAGAAAUCAUGGACGAGCUUCUCAACUUCAGCAAGUCAAAGGACUACUACACCAAGAUAGGAAAGGCCUGGAAGCGUGGAUAUCUCCUCUAUGGCCCGCCUGGAACAGGAAAGUCUAGCAUGAUUGUCGCCAUGGCCAACCUUCUGAAUUACGAUGUGUAUGAUCUUGAGUUGACUGCGGUGAAGGAUAACAGCGAUCUGAGGAAGCUGUUGAUAGAAACUUCAGAUAAGUCCAUCAUAGUGAUCGAAGAUAUCGAUUGCUCUCUUGACUUAACAGGGCAGAGGGAGAAGAAGGAAGAAGAGAAAGACAAGGAAAAAGAAGAGAAAGAUCCAAUCAAGAAGGACUUACUCAAGGAAAUAGAGAAGAAGAAGGGCAGUGAGGUGACUCUAUCCGGUCUUCUAAAUGUCAUCGAUGGACUCUGGUCAGCCAUUGGAGAAGAAAGAAUCAUAGUUUUCACCACAAAUUACCCUGAAAAGCUCGAUCCUGCUCUGGUACGGAGAGGGAGGAUGGACAACCGUAUCGAGCUGUCCUAUUGUUGCUUUGAAGCUUUCAAGGUGCUGGUAAACAACUAUCUGGACGUUGAAUCUCACCAACUAUUUCCAGAAAUCAAACGUUUGCUCGGGGAAACUAAAAUCACCCCUGCUGAUGUUGCUGAGAGUUUAAUGCCCAAGUCUGCUCGAGAGGAAGCAGACACCUGCCUGAAGAGAUUGAUUAAAUCUCUCGAAGCUGCAAAAGAAGAAGCAAGGUUAAAAGCCGAGGAAGAAGAGAGAAUCAAGGCUGCAAAGGAAGAGGAAGACAGAAAGAAGAAACAAGCAGCAGAAGACAACAAGAAAGCAGAAAGCUCGGUUACAGAAAAUGGAAAUGUAAAAGAAAAUGGAAAUGCAAAGGAGAAUGGGAAUACAAAGAAUGAUAAUUAGUAGAUUGGUGGGGUCUAAGUCUUAGGAAAACAAAUAUGCAUUACAUAAAAUCAUAAAUUAAGGUAUGUGAUAUGUUAAAUUAUUAGUUAUAUCGUA